GAUUCCUUCAAUAAAAGAACAAACAAACUAGACAGACUUUUGAUCUGGGUGAGGAAUUAUGAAUGAAACAAGAGCCUUAUACGGGUGUUAGAGCAUGCGACCAGCAACCGUCCUCUGUCGCUGUUUUGUAGCACUCAAUUGUGACACUGAACUUAUCCUCUACUCAGAACAAUGCAACACACAUUCUUCAUCAUCUGCUUUUGUCUCGUCUUCUCAGCAACUGGUCAAAUAGAUUCGGAUUUUAUAGAACAAAAUUACAAUUUCGAAGCAAAGGAAGAAAAUGACGAAGUGUUGUUACCACCUCCUCUGGAUGAUGAUAAUCAUCGAAGGUUCUUAGACGGUCUUGUCAUUGAAGCAGGUCGGCACCUUCUUUUUCCAGAACUUUAUUCCGAAGAAGAACAGAAUUCACCAAGGAACACCAAAGGGAUAAAAUAUUUCGAAAAGAAAGGUCAACCAGAAUUCGAAGAGUCCUACCUGAAUCGGCCACCCCGAGUGAAUAACUGUCCGAGUAAUGAAUGCACUCAUUAUAAGCCUGUCUGUGGAACGGACGGUAAAGUUUAUGCGAGCGAAUGUCACUUGGUGAAAGAAAACUGCGGGAAGAACAAUGUGAGCAGUGGACACUGGUUGAAAUGUAUGGGGACUCAUUAUUUGUGUCCCUCCCGAUGCCUGGACCUUAACGAACCAGUGUGUGGAUCAGAUUUGAGGAUAUACCACAAUAUCUGCUUGAUGAGGAAAAGAAACUGUGGGAAAUUGUUACAAAAGCUCCCCCUUACUGUUUGUUAUGAAAGAUUCAGUCAAACAGAAGAAAGUAAAGAGUGUCCAGACGAGUGUAUCCCAAUUGCCAAACCAGCUUGUGGAAGUGAUGGUCUGAUUUAUUUUAAUGAAUGCUUCCUCAGGAUGAGGACAUGCAAGCAAGGAAUCGUACAAGUGCCAAUGGACAAUUGUCUCUUUAUACCCAAAUGCCCACAAGUCUGUCUUCCAUUUUAUGAUCCUGUUUGCGGCUCGGAUGGUAAUCUUUACACCAAUUAUUGCAGAAUGCUACAAACCAAUUGCGGGAAACAAGUAAAAAAGAUGCCGUCAAGCUUUUGUCAAGGAAGUACUUAAAAAAAGGAGCGUUUCUCUUGGAUGGUUGACUGCACUAUGAUUUAUUUAAUACAUAUUCUACAUUUUUUUUUUGAAAAAAAAUAUAAUAGUCUGUACAUAAAUAUAUAUAUUUAUUUAAUGAAAAUGAGGAUUGUAUGUCGCAUGAUAUUGAGAUAAUGUUUGUAACUCAUUUUGGUAGAAUAACCUUUCAUUAAAUUAUGAGGGUGGGGGGAUUGAAAGCGUUUAAACUUGAGGGUUAUUCAAACAAAGUGGUGAAAAUAUAGUAGCCUUAAAAUCAUCUACUACUCAAUGGAUGCAUUUAAGGAUUUUUUAACUGUUAAUUUGUCAUUUUUUUCCAAAAAAAUAUUGUUAUUUUUGGUUUUCACGUCAAACCCUUUGCUGUUGUGUAUGUCCUCAACCAUUUUUCGUUACCGUUUUAAUUGAAUGUCGGUUUCCAUUUACUACAGCUAAGAGUUGUACUUAUAGUAUUAAACAACUGUUAAUUUAAGAGGACACAAUACUUCAUAAUUCAUCACAACAAAUUAUAAGAAAUUCUCCAUAACAAGUUCUAUGUCAUUUAAAACUAAUAGCCGUCGAAGUAGCAUGUUCAGGUGAACUUAGAAUAAAUUAUAAAGUUUUGAAAAAGUAUUUUCAAAAUAUCAAACUAAUUAUUGUUCUCCGGAUUACACAACGAGGAAGUAAUCCAACAAUAUUUUGUUUGAAUUUUGAAAACAUAUUUUCGGCUGUUGAAAUUUCAUGCCCCACGGUAUAAGGUUUUCUUGCAUUAAGUCUAUAAUGCUUUAAAGAAAAAGAUAAUAUUCCGAAAAAUAUUUGAUAAAAUAUGUUUAAAUAAAUGUAAUAGCGUUUUUUUUCUUCAUUAUCUUGCAUAUUAUGUUCCUCUAAUAAAGAUUAAUACUGACCAAUGUAACAAUUAUACAUAAACUAAAUGCUGUCUCAAAGGGCUUAAUGUUACCUUAGUAGAAACUAACUAAUACAUUUUGUGAUUGCUGUUUUUUUUUUCGUUUUCUUAACAAUACUAUAAGUUAAUAAUUUUAAAAU